AUGGAUGUUCUUCAAAAGACGGCAAGGGAAGUGGAACUCCUUACACCUCAGGGCUACGCCUCGGGCUUGGUGCUGUUGGUGAACUCUCUGCGUCCCGUGGUCCGAUUGGGAAGUCUGUCCAGCCCAACAGCACUUCCGCGAAACACUUGUCGUCAGUUCUGUGCUUUGGCCAGCGCCAGCUCCAGUGCAGCGGCUGCCGUCAAGAGGCUGAACCCUCCAGAGGGUCCGGAGGAUACGACAAUCACGCCUGAAUGGCACCAGGCACAGCAGACGACGCAGCAACCUGCCAGGAAGGCGAGCGAAGAGGAGGAGAGAGAGAAGAAGAAGAGAGUGGAGCAGGAGGAGGAAGAGGUGAAAAAGCGGUUGUCAAGCGGCGCUGAUGAACUGGCCGCAUUCAACAACGUGCUCUUUCGAGACGUCGUCUUCACGCUCCUUCUGCCGCACGACUUUUUCGCAGGCGCCGCGGAAACUGAGCCUGUAUCGGUUUCGGAUGACGAGAAAUCGACGAGUCUAUUUUGCGAUCAGGCGCACGAGAAAGCGACAGCAUCGAUAGAGUGCGACCGAAUCCUGGCCCGUCUGGGCGUCAACUGGGCCCUUGUGGAGGCGGAGGACGACUGUGAGUCGACGGAGGAAGAAAUAGACGAUCCCGAGACUGAGAGCCGAUCUGACGCGGUUGUGAAGACGCUGGAGACAGUCAGUUUCAAGCCGCUCUUCUUCGUUGGCAACUGGUCAGUCAUCGAGGCACCAGAAAGUGGUGCGAUUGGGCGUUUUUUUUCCAUUUUACAAUCCAUUCUAACUUUGAGAUUGCCACUUUGGUCGACGGAAUAG